CUUUGCCCUCCACAAUACAGAACAGAGCCGUGAAGUCAGAGAGAGAGAGAGAGAGAGAGACACACACAUAGAGAAUUCCGCCGGAGAAAUUUGCGGUUACGGUGGUCUUACUCAGUAACAAGACAUCAGAAUCUCCAGUCCCUUCUUCACCAGAAAAAAAUCAUCGAUCUCUGAUGACGUUAUUGCAGAAGCGGAGAAUCAUCACAGUGAAUCGAUCAGCUUCUAUUGAGAUGAGCCACCACAACAACAACAACAACAACAACAAUGAGGUUCCUUACACAAGCGUUGUUGAUGAUGAGACUCCAUCUCCCAAAGCGACCGACAAGAUUAGGAAAGUGUCAAUGUUACCACUCAUUUUCCUCAUAUUCUACGAAGUCUCAGGUGGUCCUUUCGGUGUGGAGGACAGUGUGAAUGCAGCUGGACCCUUGUUAGCUCUUCUAGGCUUUAUCAUCUUCCCUUUCGUUUGGAGUAUCCCCGAGGCGUUGAUCACCGCUGAGAUGGGCACAAUGUUCCCUGAGAACGGCGGUUACGUCGUCUGGGUCUCCUCUGCUUUGGGACCGUUCUGGGGGUUUCAGCAAGGUUGGAUGAAGUGGCUAAGUGGUGUUAUCGAUAACGCCUUGUAUCCUGUUCUGUUUCUUGAUUAUUUGAAGUCAGGAGUCCCGGCUUUAGGUAGCGGUUUACCGAGAGUUGCAGCCAUCUUGGUGUUGACUCUUAUGCUUACUUACUUGAACUACAGGGGUUUGACUAUAGUUGGCUGGGCUGCUGUGCUUAUGGGUGUGUUUUCUAUCCUUCCUUUUGCCGUCAUGGGUUUGAUUUCGAUUCCGCAGCUUGAGCCUUCGAGGUGGCUUGUGAUGGACUUAGGGAACGUGAACUGGAACUUGUAUCUAAACACGCUCUUCUGGAACCUAAACUACUGGGAUUCGAUCAGUACGCUAGCUGGUGAAGUGGAGAACCCGAACCAGACGCUUCCAAAGGCUUUGUACUACGGUGUGAUCCUAGUCGCACUUUCUUACAUCUUCCCUCUUUUGUCUGGAACCGGGGCGAUUCCGUUAGAGCGUGAGUUAUGGACGGAUGGGUAUUUCUCUGAUGUGGCUAAAGCCUUAGGUGGAGCGUGGUUGAGAUGGUGGGUUCAAGCGGCUGCUGCCACGUCAAACAUGGGAAUGUUUUUAGCCGAGAUGAGUAGUGACUCUUUCCAGCUUCUCGGAAUGGCUGAGCGCGGUAUGCUUCCUGACUUCUUUGCCAAGAGGUCACGUUACGGGACACCGUUGCUAGGGAUUCUCUUCUCAGCUUCAGGUGUUGUGCUCUUGUCUUGGCUAAGCUUUCAAGAGAUCGUAGCUGCCGAGAACUUGCUCUACUGCGUUGGUAUGAUCUUGGAGUUUAUAGCGUUUGUUAGAAUGAGGAUGAAACACCCGGCUGCGUCGAGACCAUACAAGAUACCUAUCGGAACCGUUGGUUCCAUCCUCAUGUGUGUUCCUCCAACCUUACUCAUCUGUGCGGUUGUAGCACUCUCGUCUCUUAAAGUAGCUGCAGUGAGCUUUGUAAUGCUGAUCAUUGGGUUUGUGAUGCAUCCUUGUCUAAACCAUAUGGAUCGAAAGAGAUGGCUCAAGUUCUCCAUCAGUUCUGACUUACCAGAUCUUCAGCAAGAGACUCGGGAAUGCCAAGAAACUCUGAUACGUUAGGAGUGUGUUUUUCUUUUAUGUUUUUUGAGUACAGAGCUUGGAAAGUCAUAUCCACACACACACAAAAAAAAAAGCUCGAGUUUCAUGGUAUGUUGUGUUUAUGCAGCGCUUGUUCUAGUCUUUUACACCGUUUUAAUAAGAUGUGCAAUGCCUUGUAUC